AUGGACGCGCCGCCGCCCGCCAAGAAGCGGCGCCACCGCUUCCAGAAGGUCGAGGAGCGCGUAAGCGGCCUGCAGCAUGAGCUGACGCUGCACGCCAAGACGACGGGCGCCGUGGACGAGGCGUCCGUGCUCUCCUUCAAGGAGGAAUUAAGCCUCCAGGCGGAGCUCACGACGCUCGACGCCUUCCAGCUCCUGUUCCGCACGCUGCAGCCGCUGGUGGCCACGACGCCGCAGCUGCUGCACCACCUCAAGAAGGUCGUCAGGGCGCUGCGCACGGAGCUGCAGCAGGCCAAGAGCGGCGAGAGCGACCCCGUCGUGCUGCGCCAGCGGCUCGUGCCCGUGCUCAAGCUCGUGACGGCGCUGGCCCGCGAGCUGGGCAAGGAGUUCUACCCGCACUUCGCCAGCGUCCUGCCCCAUGUGGUGGCGGUCAUUGACACCAAGGACCCGGAGCUCAGCACGCAGGUGUUCAAGACGCUGACCAUGCUCUUCACGUACCUGAGGGUGCAGCUGCUGGCCGACAUGGAGGCCGUGCACAAGUGCUACUUCCCGCUGCUGGGCCACCCCAGGGAGUUCGUGCGCGACUUUGCGGCGCAGACGCUGGCCGUGCUGCUGAGGAGGCUGGAGGGCCCCAAAACCAUGAGGAAGUACCUGGGCGCGUACCUCACGGCGCUCGUCAAGGGCUCUGGACGCAGCAACGAGAUUCUGAGAGAUGGCUCGGCGAAGCUGUUCUUUUCGUUGGUGAAGAAUGUGAACCACGGCUUCCACUCGCGGAUGCGCGAGGUGCUGCUGUAUCUGCUGGGGUCGUUUAGGCCCAAGAAGACGGCGGAGGAGGAGACGCAGGAGCAGUUGGAGCAGAGGGAAGCGGUGUUUGAGAUCGUCUACCAGACGUGCGGACAGAUGAUGAAGCACACGGAUGCGGACCACUCUGGAGAGAUGCUCGAGUGCCUCGUGCUCGUCGUGAACAAGGUGGCGAACAUUCGCCAUGAGAAGGAGGAGAAGCCUUCCGAGGCGGAUGAUCUGUACUUGAGUCGCGUGCUGAGUGUGCUGCUUGGAUUUCUGAUUUCGCGCAUGGGUAAGCUGCUGACGAGCGCGAGCGAUGCGUACGAAGUGCGCGUGCCCAGCGUGCACAAGGUCUGUGCGGCGUUGGUGGCGCCGGAGAACCAGGUGCUGACGUCGCACAGCGACGAGCUGCGAGACGUGAUUAUGCAGACUUUUGAGGCGGUGUGGAGGUUGUUCCCCGCUGAAGACGACGUGAUUUCGGCGCAGGUGAAGGCCAUUUUUGCCGUGGCAGCGAACGAGGAUGAGCAGGAAUACUGGCGCCAGAAGCUCCUGGAGUUUGUGGACAAGGAGCUGCACAACGCGCACGUUGAUGUGGGGUUUGUUGUGGAAUUCUUGAUCCCCAACGCCUUGGAGUUCGCGCUGAAGACGCUCGUGACGACGGAUGCGGCAGCCUUCAGCUCGCUCGUGUGUCAGCUUGGCGAGUACGUUGCUGACAAUGCUGGAGAGAUCAACGAGGGACAGAGCCCGUAUAUUGUGCGUUCACAGACCAACAGCCGAUACUGGUUGCUCUCGUUCAAGGAGAUUGACACAGGUGCCGACAAGGUACUGCUGGACGCUGGCAUGAAGCUUUUCAAACAGCUCGAUAGCGUUGACAAUUUGGCGCUGAGCUGGAAGUUCUGCAAGGCGUUGGAGUUGUUGCAGCUGAACGACGCCAAACUGACUGCAUUCACUACGCCGCUAAUCACAAAGUGCGACAAGCAGUUGAAGGACAAGGCAUCGACGCUGACUACGGAAAUUGCAUCAUUGCGUGCUGAGUUGUGGCAGCUGGAGCAGAUUGCGAAGCACCAGAGCAAGAUUAAGGGCUCGGCGAUUACGACCAAGUAUGUGGAGCAGGCACUUGUCGGCAAGGAAUCUUCGUACAAGACUCUGUCAACGUUGUUGAUGCUCGUUGAAAUGGAGCCUGAGGAGAAGCAGCACGCAGUGCUUUCAACCGAAGCACUGCCGCGUGUGACUAACUCUCUCCUGGCAACUCUGCGCUUGCCUGCGCAUGCGCUGCGUUUGGUGGCACUUCAGUUGCUGGCCCGAUUCAAGCGCUCGAGCUUUAUUGAGUCUGACAGCGGCUCCCUCAGCGGUCCGUGUGAUCUUCCGGACAUCUGCGUCAAUCUCGAGCUGGCAUGCAAAGACAUUUCGGUAGCCACUGAACGUGAGGUGGUGCGCCUGCUGACCCGUGUGAAGAUUCUGUGCCGCUCAGCCCAAACUCCGGAGCUGUACAAGAAGAUUGCUGUGAACCAGUUACUGGGUCUGUACCACGUCAAGUUCUCGACAAUCUGGCCGCACAUUGCCGACGCGAUGGAGACGGCCUCGCGUCUGCACUUCAACGAAUUCUGGCCUUGCAUUAGCGCGGAACUUCUUGUUGCUUCGCUCCGCCACGAAGACCAGAAUGGAAAGCAGGAUGACGAGUUCAAGAACCAAAGUGGUGUUGUGGAAGAGUUUAAACGUGUCUGCAUGUUGGAGCAGGGCCAAGUCCCGGCCUCUGGCGUUACUGAUGCUGCCACUCACCACUCGCUUCUGUGGAAGGGCUUGAUGAAGUUUGCCGAUCUUGUGGAAGCCAAGACGAAGUUCAUGGUACCGCUUUUCUUGACAUUCUUGCGCGACCAGUACAGUGCCAUUUACACGGACGAACUGGACUCUAAGAAGCUCGAAGAGAUCGACCAGGCCCUUGUCAAGCUUGAAGAGACCAGCGAAGCGGACUCUCCAGCCUGGCGCAAGCCAGUUGAAUUCCAGGGUUUGACGACCAAGGAAGUGCGAGGCAAGUUCGUGGAUCAGCUGAAGCUUUUCGCCACCUUCCACAACAUGAAGGGUGCAUACGCACAGCAUUUGCUGCAUGCGCUGUUCUUUGAUCUGCUGAUGAAGUCGGAUGAAAUUGUGUCAAAGCUGGCUCUGCAAUGUCUGUACGCUUUCGGUAGCAAGGCUCUCGUGACGUACAAGACACAACUGAAUCGACUUACGGACUCAUCUUCAUUCCGUGAGGAACUGGCGAGCUUCAAGGUGGGCGAAGGGGAAGGUGUUGUCCUACGCGAGCACCGUCCGGAGUUGCUGCCUGUGUUGCUGAGGCUUCUGUACUCCAAGUGCGUGAGCAAGAAGGGUCGUAACAACGGCGACACUGUGGCCGCCCGUCGUGCCGCUAUCCUGGCGUACCUGGCAGCGCUAGAGGCGCCUGAGCUUGCCAGCUUUGUGGAGCUGGUCGUGCGGGCAUUCGAUGUUACGAUUGAAGCACCCGAGGACGCUGUGGUUGCUGCUGGCGAAGUUACGCCCGUGUCUGCUGUGUCAAGCGUACAGCCCUCGCGCAUUCUGGGUUUCUUGAAUUUGGUGGAGGACCUUAUCAACCAGCUUGGAGUUAAGCUGGCUGCUUUCGUGCCUCAGAUCGCUGAUGUGCUGGUGGCGAUUCUUCAGAUUAGCAUUACCGCUGGCGAAGCCGAUGACAAUGAGAAGGACGCCGAGGAUGACAAUGACGGCGUGGUCGCAGUGGGCUCAAAGCGCAAGGCUGAGGAGGCGUCAUCUAAUGUGGAGACCUUGGCUACGUCUGCGUCAAUGAAGAAGCAGAUCCGCAUGCUGACCUACCGCCGAUUGGCUGAGUUGAUUGACACGUUCGACACGCUUGUCCCACUCCAACCAUGGGUGGAAGCUGUGCUGGAAACCUCGCGCGAAGCCAUUGUCCACCUGCCUAACGCUGUCGUCGGUGCUGGCAAGGCAUCAGCGCUCUUGGAAUUGCUUGUGGCGAUGGGUCGCGCUGACAGAGCGCGUCAGUGGGUUCCCGAGCCUCUGGUGCUGAAUGUCGUCUCCUGUUUGUCUGCUGGGCUGUCAUCGUCGAGCGCUACGUCGGCGGCUUCUCGUGGCAUUUCGCCGGAGAUCCUGGACUCGAUCCUCCAAUUCAUGGACUCGCUGCUUGACGGAGAUGAACGUCUGCUGUCUGAAGACGAGUCUAUGGCUGCAUCCAAGGCGGACGAGAAGGUGCUGCUAGUGACUCACAUUCCCUUCGUGUUGGAACAGUUCGUGCAGCGUUUCCAAGCCAAGGCUGCGCGCUACGCGAGUGACCGGUACGCAGGAUCGUCGCGGAAGGAGCUCACGUUCCUGUGUCGUCUCUCGCACCACCUUGAUGCCUCCAAGGGAGAUGUGGCUGUUGCUGCACACGACUUGUUCCAGUUGUUGUUGCCGUUCUUGCUGCGCAACCACCAAACGUCAACCAAGGACAAGGAGAACCUGCUCGAGGUCUUGGCACACUUGGUUCCCAAGCUUUCGGAGCCCAAGAAGCAUGUGCUUGCCCUCGCGCGGUUGUUGGCACCCGGCCCGAACUGCAUCGCCGAUCGUGAUCCUCGUCUGAAACUUGUGCUGGUGUUCACUGCUCUUGGUGCGCACCCCACGCUCACAGAGCUGGCUCCUGUGGCCGAGUUGCUGGACGAACUCAAUGCGUACGAUGCCAAGCGCAUUGAAGAGACCGACUACGAACGUCGCCUUAUUGCGCUGAACCGCCUGAACUCCACGCGCUUUGCUGGGUUCACGAACGAGACCCAUUUGCUGGCGCCGUUGGUGGCGCAAUGUCUGCAGUGCAUGCACGACUCUGAGUUUUCUGUGCGUAGCGGUGCACUAGCUGCGCUGACGACCUUUUUGGGUCUUGCUGGAGAUGUUGCUGUGGAGCAAAGCGAGCGUGAAGACGCUGCGAAGUCUCCCUUGCUCAACGCGCUCGAAUCCCUAGUGAUGCCUUGCGUGCGAUCAAGUCUGCGCUCGACCGAUGAGAAUACACGACGCGGCUUCGUGACGCUGCUGGGAUCAUUGGCGGACAAGCACAAGGAGUUUAAGCAGUUUGCGUUCAUUCCGACGGACCUGAUCUUGGCGCGCAAUCAGGAGGACCCUGAAGCCGACUUCUUCUACAACAUCACGCACAUUCAGGCUCACCGCAGGCGUCGUGCUUUGCAGCGUCUGAGUGCUCUUAUGGACUUGAUGGCCUCUAAGGUUCAGGAGAAUGGCGACGGCGAGGAGAGUGAUGAGCCUCAAUGGCUCUCGAAUUCGACUGUGAAUGGAGUCAUCCUCCCUCUGGUGAUGCACUUCGUUUACGAGACCCACGCCAAGAGCCAGGAGUCUCUCCGUGCAGAAGCUGCUGCCUGCGUGGGAAGUGCUGCUGGUCUUCUGGGUUGGUCGCACUACCUGUCGCUGCUUCGCCGACUGCUGAAGUCGAUCGACGGACAUGUUGAAAUGGAGGGCGCUAUCAUUAUGUCCAUCUGUGCAGUGAUCGACCACUUCCACUUCGAGGCGCCAGGUGCUGCUACUGAGUGGCAGAGCUCAUCAACUAAGACUGGCACCAAGAAUGACGAAGCUGAUGAUGAGGACGCCGACGAGGAUGAAGAUGGUGCUACCAAGGUCCAGGAUAACAUGGAGAGUCAGGUCCUUCCGAUGCUGUACUCUUACCUGUUCAAGGGUGUUGCGUCGAAGAAGAACUCAAAGUCUCAGGACAACGAUGGUGACUCGACCUCUGUCUCUGAGGAAGCUGUAUCUGUGCGCGUUCCCCUCGCGCUGGCGGUCGUCAAGGUGCUGCGCCGACUGCGCGCUGAGACCUUCCAGCGUGAGCUGCCGAAGUUGCUGCUCCGUUUCGCGAACCUGCUCAAGAGCAAGGAUGAGGCUGUCCGUGUGUCAGCUCGCACUACGCUCGUGCGCAUUGCUGUGGAGCUUGGCCCCCGUUUCCUUCUGCCAAUUGUACAAGAACUCCGUCACACUCUGCGUGAUGGAUACAUGGUCCAUGUGCUGUCGUUCACAGUGCACGCGCUGCUGGAGAAGUUGCCGGAGAUCAUGCAGGUGGACGGACAGACAAAUUGUCUUCGCAAGCCCCAAUCACUGCUGCUUGUUCAGGACAAACAGCAGGAGGCUCAACAAGAGGCCGACUUUGCGUCACCGCUGGAUGCUUGCGUACCCAGCCUCAUGGAAAUCUUGGCCGCGGAGUUGUUCCAGGGCAUGACGACUAUCGGUGAAGCUGCCGAGGCUGCCGCUGGUGGCGUGGAACGCAAGACGGCGCAGAAGUCCAAGAUGAAGGAGGCUCGUGCGAGCAGUGGACGGAGCUUGGACUCGCUUGAGUUGCUGGGUAGAUCAUUGCCGUUCCUGCCCAACCCCAGCAUUCACGAAGUCGUCAGUGCGCUGGUGAAGCGUUUCCAGGCUACGGAUGCUGGUGCGCAAGCUACGGCGGCACUGCAGGAGGGACUGAAGCGUGUGGCGAUUGGUCUUGCCAAGAACCCGUCCGUGGAGUCGUCCUACAUGUUCCUGUACGCGUACAACGUGCUCAAUUCCAGUCUUGAAAGCCUGCGUCCUGUCACUGAAAGGGAAAAGAAGCAGUACGAAUCAGCGGGCAGUAGCACGGAACUGGUGACUUCGUGGCUCGUGUCGGAGAAGAGUGCGACUGCUACGAAGCUGCUUGCGACCCGAGUGAAUGCCCGCGACACCGUCCGCGUCGCCAUGCAGCAGCAAGUGACUGGGUUCGACAAGAUGCGACAGCAGCAGCAAAGCAAGACCAAGAAGCAGAAGCGCCAGGAAAUCGCUGCCCUCCUGGCGGAGAGCACGGCGCAUCUCCGAGAGCUGCUGAACUUCGCCGUGUUCCUGGUGUUCUCGUUCCUGCGCAAGAACGGAAGUGCGAAGGACCAGGACGAGGAUGGAAAGAAGACUUCCAACGCUCCGGCUCAGCUGGUCGACCCGCUCGUGCCGUUGCUCAUGCGUUGUGCUGGUGAGUCAAAGAACGACCGCGCUGUCAUCACUGCGCUGAAGUGUCUUGGUUCGCUGCUUCCCCGUCAGGAAGAGCUCCCGGCGCUGCGUGUGGCCCGCUCGCCUCUUCUCGAUCGCCUGUUCAAGAUUCUGCAGCAGGCCGGAGCUGCGACUCAUAACGAGAUGGUGCAGACGUGCUACCGCACGCUCACUGCGCUGCUCCGACAACAGCAAGGACUUGAGCUUGCACAGAAGAACGGCAAUGCUGCUAAGGACUCCAAGAGCGACGCUCUCCGACUCACGGAGCCGCAACUGCGUGUUCUUCUGAGCUUCUUGCGUGCUGAUCUGGACGAGCAAGACCACCAAAAUGCCACCUUCGCCCUGCUGAAGGCCAUUGUGAACUCGCGUCUUGUGGUGAGCGAGGUGUACGACGUGAUGCUUCGUGUCGGCGAGCUGCUGGUGCAAAGCGACGCCCCUGGCGCUCGUCUGAACUGUGCUACCAUCUACCAGACCUUCCUGCUUGAGUACCCUCUUGGUAACAAGCGUCUCUCUCGGCACCUGAAGUUCCUGGUUGACAACCUGAGCUACGGACAUGCAACGGGCCGCUCUGCUGUGCUUGAGGCUCUGCGUUCUCUUCUGUCGAAGCUCCCGCAGGACCUGGUGAACGCUCGGUCUCAGUUCUUCUUCUUGCCGCUCGUGCUGCGUCUGGCGAACGACGAGGCGUCUAAAUGCCGUGACCUUGCCCGGGCUGCUUUGAGCACGCUGGUGCGUCGUCUGGGCAACAAGGAGCUAAACGAGAGUAUUCUGCUAGUGGGUGCGUGGUGGUCGCAAGCUGCGGGCUCCGAGGCGGCAGACGCCGUGAAGUUACUGGGCGCUGCUGCACAGGUGACGACACUUGUGUUGGAGACUCGUCCCGAGUUCUUCGAGCGCAGCGCUCCUCAGGUCCUAGCCUCGACGCGGACGGCACUUGAGCGCAGUCUACGCGAGCUCCAGAUCGUGGAAGACAGCAACCAGGUGCGCUGGCAGCCGACGUACCACGUCUGCGCGGCCCUUACCGCUUUCAGCGACCACCUUGCCGGGCCGUACGAGAUCUGGCUCGAGGAGUCCAAGCCUACGAAGAACUUCCUGGACGCGGUCGUGUUGCCGCUGCUGCAGUACCCGCACGCGUGGGUGCGUCUUGGUGCCACCCGGCUGUUGACGUCUUACUUGCGUCGUCGACAGGCCAACACGCUGGCGUUCGCAGCCCCAGUGAAGCGUCUCUCGGGCGAUGCCCUCGACCGUCUGCGCAAUGGCGCGCUGUACCUCCAGCGUCCUGGCCGCUUGUUCAGUUGGGCAAGUGCGUUAUGCAAGAUGCUUGAAGCGCCAGCUCUGAACGAAGAGCUGGCUACCGAAGUGCUCACCGCGCUUCCGUUCCUAUGCGAGGCGCUCGAAACCACCGACAUCCCGCAGGAUGUGACGGCUGCUGCCGACGCUGUGGCGAAGGACGAAGUAGAAGAGGCUGCUCCUGUCGAGGUCGACGUCGAAGAGGAGGAGGAAGAUACCUCUGAUGCUGAGAAGGAGAAGAGCGACGAGAAGGAGGACGAGGCAGAUCUGCAGCAGCGCGAAGAGCAGGAGAAGGAGGAGGAGCGCGCUAAGUCGCGCACUCCCAUGGGCUGGUUGCUUACUCGUCUCUCGUACGUUGCGCGCGGCUCGAACUGCAGCAACGAGGUCCAAGCUGUGGUGUUCAAGCUGUUCGCCGCUUUGCUUCACGGCCAUGACGCUGAGUUCGCGCAGAAGUACGUCGUCCAGAUCAUCAACCCGCUGUAUCGCGCGACGAGCAAGCUCGAGGAAAUGCAGGCGCAGCAGGAGCAGGUGGCGCUGCAGCAACAGCAGCGCAACCGUAACAAGAACCGGAGAAGUGGUCCCGCACUGGAGCCCGUGACGCCGCCCGAGGGCGCUCUUCUGGCGCAGGAGGUGCUGCAGCUGCUGGAGAACAAGCUCGGCGCCACGCCCUUCCUGGAGGCGUACUCGUUCGUGCAGAGGAAGAUGGCUGCGCGCAGAGCCGCCCGCAAGCUCCAGCGUCGCACCGAAGCUGUGUCUGACCCGCAGCGCGCAGCCCAGCGGCGCAUGCAGAAGAACGAACACAAGCGCCGCACCAAGCAGCUACGCAAGCGCAAACACGCUGUACUGAAGGGCUCAGCAUCUGCGGCAGUGCGCCCCACGAAGGUGCAACGUCCUGGUGCCGAGUAG